AUGGCGCAGUUUUAUAUUCUCGCGUCGUUAACAGGCUGUGAGCUUCUGUUAUUGACGGCCAUGAGCUAUGAUCGCUAUGUGGCUAUCUGUAACCCUUUGCAUUAUAACAUGGUUAUGACGUCUAGAAUCUGUGCUUUAUUGGCCGGUGCUUGUUGGGUUUGGGGUUUUACUGAAGUUAUCCCUCACAUUGUGAUAUUAUCAGGAUUCACUUGUUAUUUAUCCAGAGAAAUCAAUCACUUUGUUUGUGACAUUUUACCUCUGCUGUCCCUAACCUGCAGCGAUACUUCUCUAUUAGACCUUUCACUUUUUACAAGCUCAGUAUUCCACUCAACGUUCUCCUUGCUUCUCACGUUCAUCCCAUAUAUUUUUAUUGUUCAGAAAAUCCUAAGAAUUCCAUCUAACAACGGGAGACGUAAAACCUUCUACACGUGUUCCUCACACCUAACUGUUGUCACCCUUCUCUACGGGACUCUGAUCUGUCAAUAUCUGAGACCAGCCUCAAAAGACAGCUUGGACUCCAGCAAACUUUUUUCACUUUUUAACACAGCUGCAGUUCCUAUGCUAAAUCCACUGAUUUACAGCUUAAAAAACGAGGCUGUGAAGUCUUCUCUAAAACGCAGGUUAAAGAAGGGUACAGUGUUUGAUAUGUAA